AGAGGCGCCCCAGGACGAGCACAGAAAGCGGCGGCUGCAGGCGGGAGCGACCUCGCGGAGGCACCGGCAGCACUGGCGACCGCUUUUGCAGGUACGAUGGCACGUGUCUUUGUCUAUGGCACGCUGAAGAAAGGCCAGCCCAACUACAAGCACAUGAUCAACACUGCCAAGGGCCUAGCAAAAUUCCAAGGAAGGGGCCGCACGGCAGAGAAAUACCCACUGGUGAUUGCAGGAAAAUACAACAUUCCUUACAUGCUGAAUAUCCCUGGGACGGGACAUCACGUUGCUGGGGAGAUUUACUCGGUUGACGACCAGAUGCUGCAGUUCCUGGAUGAGUUUGAAGGUUGUCCAGACAUGUACCAGCGCACCCUGAUGAGAAUUGAGGUGGUGGAGUGGGAAGGGAAGAGUGGCACAGGCGAGACACAGGCACCUGCCGAGGGUGUCGUGGAGUGCUUCGUGUACAGCACAACAACAUACCCACCAGAGUGGGUCGGCCUCCCCUACUAUGCCAGUUACGACUCCUCAGGGAAACACGGCCUGGCCUACGUCCUACGCGAGAGCCGGGAUUAGACGCGGGAGACGCCGCAGCCCAGAUGAAGAUGUAGUACUAAGCACGUGUCAAUCGGUAACCUUGCCAGUAAAGCUGUAAUGCGUUUUUAUUAAAACACGGCAUCUCUUGUAACCUUCCCAGCCUGGGAGCCUUGGAACUAGUGUGGAAGUUUUGGUAGGUCCAAAGGUGGGGACAUCUCCCUGGCUAGUCAGCAUCCUCCUUGCCCCUGCUGACCUGCUGCAAGUAACUGUGCUUGCAUCAGGUGUAAAAUAACUGUCUCUGCACAUCAGUUUUUGGGGCCUAAUUGUUUUCUUGC